AUGUCGUUGACGACCUUCGUCCUGCUAGCGAUCUCUACGACAUGUGUUUUCCCGCAACGAAGCAAGUUAACUCUAAAAAAAAUACUAAAUAGUCCUUUUAGGCUGUAGUUCUUGUAGCACACCGCAACACAUUUUUGCUUGCAAUGAAUAUAAAACGACCUACGCAGUGGCCCCCACGUAUGUUGAUAUUCAUGAAACAGCUCACAAAAGGGGUCUGAAUUCGAGAUUUUUCUGAAAAUCGGCAAAAAAUUCGGGCUAGAGCCAGAAAAAAAGGAAAGAGAUGUCUAUUUUGCAUUGCUACAGGUGUAUAGUAAGCUGAUUAGUGAGGCUUAACCUUUCCCUAAUAAUACUUAUUUCACAUUUUUUUGAGUAAAUUUUCAAAAUGCUCAAGAUGUCUCAUUUUUUCCCUAAUACGGAAUUCAUCAUAAUAUAUAAUGGGAAAACCUCUCAUUAGUUACUACUAGCUUUCUAAUUUUUGAAGAUUGAUCUUUUCAAAACUGCUUGAUCUUUCUUGUGCGCUCUCAAAAAGGUGAAAAUCAAUAUAUUUAUGGGAUUUUCGAGAUUUUAGUUGAGUACAUCGAACUUAACUGAUUCAGUAAUUUUUAAAAAUCGUUCAAGAAAAAAAUUAUUUUCAAUUUCAAUGCACAUAUUUCAAUCCUCGUGAUGAGUACACAAAAUAAUCAGCUCAAAUUAUUUGUCUUCUCAAAAAUCUAGGAGAUAUUCCAAGGGUCCGAUGCGGUAACGACGGAUGCCAGCAAUUGACGGUCACUUGCCCGACGACUCCUAAUUCCACUUUAUGUUUCUUUUCGAAUGGACUCCGUUAUUUGCCGCAAUCGAAAACUGCCAACCUGAAAUGCGACAGCGGUUUAUUUUUCACCGAAACCGACAACAAAAUGUUUGCAAGUUCUCUUUGAACUGUAAUUAAAAGAGGUUUCAGUGUCAGCGGAGUAGCCUGUGUUCGAGCUUGA